AUGUCGACUGCCGAGGAGACCGAUCAGGCCAUUGAGAUCUGGCGUUACCGCAAGAUGCUCAACAUGCUUGCCGCAUCGCGUGGAGCCGGUACCUCGUGUAUCACUCUUAUUCUCCCUCCCCGAGCUGACGAUACAGGCUCGCAGAUCUCGCAGGCGAGCAACAUGCUUACCACCGAGUACGGAACGGCGUCGAACAUCAAGUCGCGUGUGAACCGACUGUCGGUGCUUUCGGCCAUUACGUCGACGCAGCAGAAGCUCAAGCUGUACAACCGUGUGCCGGACAACGGUCUCUGUGUGUUCGUCGGAACGGUGCUGAACGAGGAGGGCAAGGAGAAGAAGAUUUCGUUCGCCCUCGAGCCCUUCAAGCCGAUCAACACGUCGCUGUACAUGUGUGACUCGCGCUUCCACGUUGAGGCGCUCGAGGAGCUGCUCGAGACCGACUCGAAGUGGGGCUUCAUCAUCAUGGACGGUAACGGAUCGCUGUUCGGUACGCUGUCGGGCAACACGCGUGAGGUGCUGUACAAGUUCAACGUCGACCUCCCGAAGAAGCACGGCCGUGGUGGUCAGUCCGCGCUGCGUUUCUCGCGUCUCCGUGAGGAGGCCCGUCGAAACUACGUCCGUAAGGUCGCCGAGCUUGCUGUCCAGCACUUCAUCACGAACGACAAGGUCAACGUUGCCGGUCUCGUUCUCGCCGGUUCCGCCGAACUGAAGACGGACCUGUCGUCUUCGGACCUGUUCGACGGCCGACUGCUCGCUAAGGUCGUUAAGGUCGUCGACGUCUCGUACGGUGGCGAGAACGGCUUCAACCAGGCCAUCGAGCUUGCGGCCGACUCGCUCGCCAACGUCAAGUUCGUCCAGGAGAAGAAGCUCAUCCAGAAGUACUUCGACGAGAUCGCCCUCGACACGGGCAAGUACUGCUUCGGCAUCAGCGACACGCUCAAGGCGCUCGACAUGGGUGCCGUCGAGACGCUGAUCGUGUGGGAGCAGCUGGACACGAUCCGGAACACGCUCCGCAACGCGGCGGGCGAGGAGGUUGUCGUCUUCUCAAAACCCGACGACAAGGACCGCGAGCAGUUCAUCGACAAGUCGACGGGCAACGAGAUGGAGAUGGUCAAGGACCCCCAGCCGCUGCUCGAGUGGUUCGCCGAGGAGUACAAGAACUUUGGAGCCACGCUCGAGUUUGUCACGAACAAGUCGCAGGAGGGCUCCCAGUUCGUCAAGGGCUUUGGAGGCAUUGGCGGUCUGCUCCGCUACAAGGUCGCGUUCGAGGACAUGGGCGACUUUGAGGACUUUGACGACGAGUUCUACGGCUCCGAUGAGGACUCGGACAUCUAA